GCUCUACCAUGGUGCCUACUCAUCAGUGGAUGGAAUCUUCAGUACUUGUCUUGUGUUCAAUGUACGUAACUUUUAUUUCUGGCGCAAACUAUACCCGACGAAAGGAUUAUUAAAGAGUUUCGAAGAUUUCAAGGUUCUCCACACAACAUGGACAUUGUGAAAGAAGUGGAAAGCGCUUUGGAAGAGGAGGGCUACGUAAAAAUUGACUCUACUUCGCCAAACGCAACGUCUAACGUUUCGUCUUCUGUUUCUUCUACGGACAAAACAUCGAGUUUAUCAGCCGUGACCUCAACUCCUUCGCAGCCUGUAGAUCGACUAACAGCAAGCCCUGUUCAGCAAAAAAUAAGGCCGGACCUUUCUUCUUCCAUUCUUUCGGAAAAUACGUCGAGUAGUAAAAGUUCAGCGAAUGUUUCUUCGAGUUCAUCGUCAUCAACGUGGCAAAGACAGAAUUCUGGUCAAGACAGCGACGAGGAACAAAGUGGAGGAGUUUGGGGCUGGAUGUCCAGUGCUGUGUCGGUUGGGUUACAAACUACGCAAAACAUCGGUAGAAAUAUUGUAGAGAAGACCAAGACUUCUGUUGAAAGUGUGAUUACAACACUUGACCCAGAAAUGGAGGAUUAUAUGUAUGGAAGGGACCAGUCUAUAAGCUUAGCUGUAACAAGUACUGAUGCAGAGGCCAUUGAAGCAAUAAAGGAUGGUUUCCUUCAAGUGUUUGAGCAUGUGGUAGUUCAGUCGCAUUCCUCUGCAUCAGGGCUUGCACCCUUACCUGUGGGGUUCUCGGCAGGUGUGAAGGGUGCACAGCACAGAAUAGCAAACCUAAUGAGAGGGAAAAAGGUUCAAGAGGGACAGGUGAUCAUUGGAGUGGAGGAAAUGGUGUCAGAACUGCUACCUGGCAAGUGGUUUAGUUUGACCUGUCUUGCACUGAAUGACCCGACAUCAAAGUUAGAGCUUGAAACAUUUUCCCAAGCAAUUCACAUCCCUAAAGUGUACAUCACCAAGGCAGAAGAAAGCACACCAUCCAAUUAUAACCUGAGGUGGUCAGGUCUGUCAUUUACUCUUGGAGAAGUUAUCAUAGGAUCUGGACAGGCACAUGGUGAUUGGCAUUCUAAAAUUUCAGGUUCUUCUAAAAGACAAAUUCUAACACUGGCAGCACGGACAUUAGCAGGGCAGUUUAGAGACAGGUUAAAAGCUAGUGCUGACUCGCUGUUGGAAAAUGCAUUGGUUAUGUAGCAGAUUUAAAAUAAUUCUCAUACAUGUAUUUAAAAAAACUUCUAAAUAUGCUUUUAAUAUUAUGUAUAAGUUUUGAAAGGUUGUAGCUAGCGUAGACCACCUAGCAAGUCCUUUUCAGGAUGGAUGACUACAAUUACUCAGUUCUUUACCCUUUCAAAAGUUUUACAAAUAAAUUAUUAUCAAGCACAUUCAUGAUACAGGUAAAUGCAUGCAAGGGGCCAUUGCUUGGGUGAUGCGCUUUCUUAACCUCGCGAUUUGUUCAUUCAUUAAGUCACCCCCAUGCAAAAAAGAUACUAUGGCUUUAGCCAAUCAAAACUAGGAAAAGUUUUUUUUUUCUUUCCCACACGAAUAGCCUUCCACAAAACCAUAACUCUUGUUGGAGAUUGCCCUCUGAUUGAUUUGUUUUGUUGUUAGUAGCAGUACUAGUUAUAUACUGUGACAAGUUUGAUUUGUAAAACAUUUCGUUUGACUGUAACUAUUAGACAACAACGUGCCACUGGAAAAGAAAUAUUCUGCAUGAAUGGGCAUACCUGUUGCUUUGUUUAUGGUGUUUUCACUUUGCUAAUAUGGUCUCCCACUUCAGUCACCUUCCAGCUUGAGAGUUAAAGUUCAAUUUAGUUCAAUGACAUUGUCUAGGAGAUACACGCGAAAUGGUGCAAACACAAACAGUUGAGUAAUUUUCUUCAUAUGCACAUUAACAGCCAGAAUGGUAAAUCCCAAUUUAUUUCUUUUUAUUUUAUUUUGGGAAAAUCUCAAAAUUUCAACUUUCCCCUCCGGUUAUGUUACAUAAUUUUAGUUUCCAGAAUUUUGUGAAACAUCACAUCAGUGUUACAUUUUCUUUAGAGCAGUUCCUAAUAAGGAGAGAGCCUUGUUUGAUGUUGAAAAGUGUGCGACAUCAAAGGGCAGUCUUGAACAGUACAUUUUGCUUGUUUUGCUCCCUAAACCAACCAAAAGCUGGGUGCAAUCUCUGUUCCCUAAACCAGUCAUACAAUGAAUUGUAUUCUUUCAGUCAAUUAUUUCGAAGUAAAAAAUAGAGCAAUUAUUGCUUUAUUUUUCUGUCAUUCUCUUGAUACUGUGUGGAGACAUGAUAAUAAGCUUAAUAUGUUGAAUACUAGAUCGGCAAGCAAGAGGUUUUGUCUCGAGCAGUGUUCAUACAUUGUAGUAUUGUUAUGAUUGAGUUAACACAUGCACUUGUAAUAAGGUACUGCCUGGAUUCCAUGCAUGCAUGCGUUUAUUUUAUUCAAGUACAUGUAGUCCAAUCACUUUUCAUCAGUUAAAAACAGGAUGACAGGGAGUGAUCUUCCCUACAAUCUCUAACUCUUUUAGACGCUUUGUAGGGUAGGUAGAUGCCUUGUUUAAUAUUUAAUAUUAUUACAUGUAAUAUUAUUAGAAAUUGUAAUUUAAAUGUGUAUAAAUGCAAAGUUUAUUGUACAGUAAUUAUUAAUCUUGUGGUACAAUACCAUACCAUAACAUAAAAUACAGUCAAACCUCUCCUUUAAGAUACUUCCAUGAUACAGACACCUCUGUAGUAAGGGCACUUAGAUCUGCCCCCUGGGUGUCCCUAGUCCAGAUUUAAGAGGUGCAACUGUCAUCAGAAAUUGCUUGCAAACAGGAAUUAUGAGGGAGUAGAUUGGGAACAGGAAAAUAUAGAACAAAAGAAAAACAACAAAUGCAUUCUCUUACUUCAGACUCUUGGUGACAAGGCAUGUGGUGUAUCAGUUGUGACAUUGUAUUACAUUCAGUUAUACAUAAGCCGAACAUUACACUUUGUCGUAUGCAGUAUACCAUCAUAUAGUAUGUAAGUAAAAGAAAGGUUGCUAUCUACAGCUGCUGACUGAGAUUAAUUAUUUGUGGAUCAUUCAUAUUUCAGUCAAUGGUCGCUAUAAUAUCUAAUGGGAACUCACUAAACCUAGCUCUUCACAUCUGUCAGAGGCUUCUCUGGGCUUCCUUGCCUAUACUAUACACUGAUGUGACAUUUUUAUAUUUAUAAAUGGCAAAAAAUAAACAAAUAAACAAUAAAUGGUCCUCACACAAUCUUUCUGGGGAAGGGCAUUAUGCUGACAAAUCCAAGCAUCUACACAAAA